ACCAGUCAGAGACUGCCGUGUCAGUAAGCCGCCGGGAAACAUGACUUGCCUUUAGAUCUUUUACUAAAUUAUUUUGCAAAUUCUUUUGUUUAAAGAUGUUGAGAUCGUCGCAGAUGUGGCUUGUUUGCUUUUUAGUGGCUGUACUUUAUUUUCCCAGCUCGUUUUGUGGUCAUGUGGUGCAGCUCACAAGUCAAAAUUUCGAUCAAACACUAGCCGAUAAUAAACUGGUUUUCAUAAAUUUUUACGCCGAUUGGUGUAGAUUUAGUCAAAUGUUAGCUCCAGUUUUUGAGCAAGCUUCUGAUCUUGUCCAUGAAGAAUUUCCGAGUGGGGUUGUGUUUGGUAGAGUGGAUUGUGAAUCAGAACAAGAGAUAGCACAACGAUUUCACAUCACUAAAUAUCCAACUUUAAAGAUGUGGAGAAAUGCACAGGUUGCAAGGAGAGAAUACAGAGGUCAGAGAUCUGUGGAUGCUUUUUCAAAGUUUAUCAAGGAACAGAUGACAAGCAGAAUUGCAGAAUUUCAUGCUUUGAGUGAUCUCAAUGUUGAUACUUCAAAAAGAACUGUCAUUGCUUACCUAGAAAGCAAAGACAGUGACAACUUCAAGACCUAUGAAAAAGUGGCAGAAGAAUUCAGAGAUGAUUGCAAUUUUCAUGUUGGAGUUGGGGAUGCUUCUCUCAAAGAAAGACAGACAGGAGAAAACAUUGUCUUCAGGCCUCAGCAUAGAGGUGUUGAAGGAGAAAUGGUUUUCAUGGGAGAUCUUCGCAACUAUGAACUCAUGAAGAGUUGGAUUUCAGACAAGUGUAUUCCUCUGGUCAGAGAGAUAACUUUUGAGAAUGCUGAAGAACUUACUGAAGAGGGUAUUCCAUUUCUUCUUCUAUUCCACCAUCCUGAUGAUAAGCAAAGUGUGGAUCUGUUCAAAACAGAAGUCGCUAGGGAGCUUGUUCAGGAAAAGGGAAGCAUCAAUUUUCUUAUUGCUGAUGGGCUCAAAUUCUCUCAUCCACUGCAUCACUUGGGAAAAGGACCUGAGGACCUUCCUCUUGUUGCAAUUGACAGCUUUAAACACAUGUACCUGUUACCAAAGUUUGAUGACAUCAAGAAACCAGGAAGACUCAAGAAGUUUGUUAAGGAUUUGCACUCAGGAAAACUGCACAGAGAGUUCCAUCAUGGACCUGACCCCGCAGAACAGGGACAUGAAGAAGAAGAGGAGACUACUGAAACAGACAGCCCGGAAGAAGCAGGAACAGAGAAAGAAACAGAAACAGGCCAAGGUACUGAAACACAGAAGACAGGAUCAGGGAAAACAAACAGUGGAUCUGGACGAAAAGAACAGACCUCGCCUCCAGAGACUGUAUUUAAGAAACUUGCCCCAAGUUACAACAGAUACACUUUACUUAGGGAUGAAUUGUAAUUGAUUUUGUUUUUAAUGCCCAGCUGUAAAUUUCUAAGCAGUAUUUUUCAAAAUAUAACUAGAGACAAGGAGAAAAGAAGGGAUUUUGAUAACUGGUGAUGACAAGGAGGGAGGAGAGGAGGCCAGGCAGUUGUGACUCAGUGAGGGAGGGGUGGGGAAUUCCUACUUAAUAACCAGGUUGUUAAAGGUAUAUGCGUUAUGUUGACAUAGAUAUAUAGUGCUACAGUCAUAAUUUAUAUUUCACCACAAUGUUCAAAAUCCCAGAUUUCCAAAUUGGCAAUAGGUGAUCAAAUGGAAGGUAACAUUUUGACGUAAAUUUUGUUUGCCAGUAGCUUUUCUGAAACUCGCAUACAUGAAGGGAAUACUCCUGUAACAGACUAGAACAUCUAACAAAAGAGUUGUGAAAUCUAUUGUGAAAUCUAUUCUUUUCCCAAGUUCUCUAUUCUUCUCUUCCUUGGAAACAGACCAAGACCAGGCGAUUGGGUGGAAGAAAAACGUUUUUUUCUUUUUUUUUAUGUUCUGGUUGGUUGAAAUAAAUUUACAUGUCAACGUC